AUGAACAACAGACGAAACGUCGCCGUCAACUCCAACAAUCGGCGCGGCCCAUCUAAACACACCCAUAUCUCUCUCUCUCUCUCUCUCUCUCUCACUUUUCCUUUCAUAUUUUGUCUAUGUUUACCACAAACUCAUACUCAUUGUUUUCCCCCAAGUCUUUCUGUUCUUUUUCAUAUCUCUCUAAUAUCUCAACUUUCAAUAUAUUUCACUCUCUUUCUCUCUCUUUCUUUUCUCUUUUUUGCUCUUUCACACACUCACUCUAGCCGUCUUUUCCCGCCUUCUCUCUCUCUCUCUAUUCAUUUGCAUGUCUCUAUAUCUCUACACUCUCAGUCUUUCACUGUUCCCUCUCUGUUCAAUUCUGACUCUUUCUUCUUUUCUCUCUAUCUCUCUUCCUCCUCCUGUUCAUAUUCUAUUUCCCUUCUCUCUAUUAACUUUAUAGAUAGUUCCUCUCUAUUUAUAUCAUAUUUUCCUACUCUUUAUUCCUCUUUUUCUCAUUUUUUUAACUCUCUGUACUAUAUAUUCUCUCUCCUUCCCCCUCCCUCCCUCUCUCUCUCUCUCUCUCUCUCUCUCUCUCUCUCUCUCUCUCUCUCUCUCUCUCUCGUUCCCUUUUCACUUCCACAUGUUUUCCAAUAUGUAUUUUAG